CCGUAUAUAUUGUCCUAUUCGAGGCCGCUGCCAAUCACCACGACGUUUGUCAAGUGAAUCUCCCGAGGAGGUGCUGUUUGCAACGUCUUGGCGUUCACCACGUCGAUCUCGCACCGUCUGGGCCUUCGGCUGCUGCAGACCGUAAUGCUGAUGCAUCUGUCUUGUCGGCAUUGUGAUUCGCCUGUCUCGCACAGUGGACAAUAGAUGCGGGAAGAGGAUGGGGGCUGACAGGGCAGAGAUCGAGGAGUAUAAAGAUGGCUUCCUCGACGCUCUCUCCCCCUCUGUUGUCGGUCCUCAGCACCAUCGCCACCAAGUCUUCUCCAGCUACCAUGAAGUCCUUCCAGUUCUCCGUCCUUGCGGCCCUCGCGGCCUCGCAGGCCAUGGGCCAUGCCACCUUCCAGCAGCUCUGGAUCAACGGCGAGGAUCAGGGCUCGGCCUGUGCCCGUCUCCCAGCCUCCAACAGCCCUGUGACGGACGUCUCAAGCAACGCCCUCCGCUGUAAUGCAAACCCAGCCGCGGCCAAGGGUAAGUGCGGCGUCGCAGCCGGUGACACAGUCACCGUCGAGAUGCACCAGCAGCCCAACGACCGGAGCUGCGCCAACGAGGCCAUUGGCGGCAACCACUACGGCCCCGUCAUGGCCUACCUCACAAAGGUCGACAACGCCGCCACCGCGGACGGGUCGACCGGGUGGUACAAGAUCUACGAGGACAGCUGGACAAAGAACCCGAGCGGCUACUCGGGCAGCGACGACUUCUGGGGCGUCAAGGACAUGAACAAGUGCUGCGGCCUCGUCGACGUGCCCAUCCCCAAGGACACCCCCGCCGGCGACUACCUCCUCCGCGCCGAGGUCAUCGCCCUGCACACGGCCAGCGGCGUCGGGGGCGCCCAGCUCUACAUGACCUGCUACCAACUCACCGUCGACGGCUCGGGCAAUGCGUCCCCCGCGACCGUCAAGUUCCCCGGUGCCUACUCGGCCCAGGACCCGGGCAUCCUGUUCAACAUGUACGCCCCUGUGAGCAGCUACCAGGCGCCCGGCCCGGCUGUCGUGUCCGGUGGGACGACCAAGACGGCGGGCUCCGGCUGCACUGGAUGCGAGGCCUCGUGCCACGCGUAGGGGACUGGACAUGGCUAGCACAGUACAUGAAUGACGAUGAAACAUGCCUCUCGUGUCAAUUGUAUUAUGCAUCUUGCGUGUCUAUGCGUCUAGUGCAGGACCAGGUCGUCAAAGGGACAUCCCUGGUCAGCCGACUCGCGCUUCGUCUUGUCCAUGACCACCUUUCGCGUCAGCUCCAUCAGGCUGUCCUGCAGCCUCUCGUCCUGCGAGGCGGCGCUGCCAGGCUCGGGGACUGCCGGCGGGCAGAU